GUAGACUGACGAAAAGCAGCCGAGCAGGAAGAGGGGGGCCACUCUGACGGGACUGGAGAAGAGGCAAAGUGGGCUCUUCAGCUCUGGAGAGCACCGAGUCUGACCGUGUGAUGCCGGCUGGCUCCGACUCGGCCAAUAAGGGAUGUGGAAGAAACAUCAUCCACCAGUUAGGAUGGACGAACAGAAGGAGAACUGGCCAGGACUUUUUCUGGAGUGAGAGACAGACGGGAUCGAAGGCCGGGGAAAGUACCUGAGGUUGACCUGGAGACGAGCCUGUCCUGUGAAGAUCGGUGUUACAAGUUCAAGAACUUCACAUUGUAGCACAGAAGACCUCUCCUGUACUUUGCAUGACCUGUGUGCUUCACCUAUGGUUACCAGCGUACUGCCAGCACCAUGAUCUGCACUCAUGGUAUGCUGCUAAGCUCACUCCUGCUCCAGCUAGCAGUGGGUGGCUGUCCCACAGGUUGCCUCUGUGCCUCGGAUAUCCUCACUUGUGUCUCACAAGGCCUGGAGCGACUUCCAUCACAAAUGUCCGCGUCUACUGCAACUUUGGAUCUUAGCCACAACCGGCUGGUGCGACUCGAGGAAGGUAGCCUUGAGGGGCUGUCUCGCCUGAACACAUUGCGCCUGGCCCACAAUCGACUGUCUGGGCUACUUCCUGGAACCUUCCGGAACAGCAGUCGCGGCCUGCGCCAUCUGGACCUAUCCUCCAACUUGCUGCGCGUGGUGGAACAUCACUAUUUUCAAAAUCUACAGGCCCUUGAAGAGCUGCUGCUGUUCAACAACCGUAUUGUCAGGGUGGAGAGCAGGGCCUUGGUUGGCCUCAAGCACUUGCGCAAGGUCUACCUGAGCCACAACCGCCUCACUGACUUCCCCUUCUUCUCGAUCAAGGGGCACAGCCACCCUUUCCUUCAUACACUGGAUCUUUCCUCUAACCGGUUGCCCAAGCUGCCCCUGGAAGAUAUCUUGGCGCUCCCAGUUUCCAUGCAAAGUGGCCUUUUCCUCCAUAACAACACUCUGACUUGUGACUGCAACAUGUACGGGCUGUUCCGCAGCUGGGAGAGGCGAGGAUUCGGCUGUGUGACGGACUUCCAGGAGCAGCACACCUGCCUGGUGUACGGAGAGAUCCGAGCUUCCGUACGCUUCUUCCGACAUUCCCGCUUCUUUGAGAACUGCACUCUGCCAGCACAGAGUCUGCUAGGGGAUCCAGAGACCAGCCUGCUGGCCUUUGCAGGGGACUCAGUGCUUUUGGACUGCCGGACCUCCUUGAAAGGGAAACACAUGUCCUACCUGUGGGUUUCCCCGAGCCAGGAGUACAUAGCUCCUCCAGGAAACAACCAGUCCCUGGGAAUGUUUCCCAAUGGCAGCCUGUGGAUCCUGGCUGCCAAGACCGAGGAUUCGGGGGUGUACCUGUGCAUGGUCGUGGAUCAGCUGCAGAUGCGCAAUGAGACUCUGGAGGUGAACGUGACGGUGAUUUUGAGGAGGAGUCAAGCUGAACCCUUCAACACAGGCUUCACAACCCUACUGGGCUGUGCGGUCAGCCUAGUGCUGGUGUUCAUAUACCUGUACCUGACACCCUGUCGCUGUUGGUGCUGCAUGCACCCCCUGCCACCCCCCCGGCUCAGCACGAUCUGCAAACACACCACACAGUCAGCGCCACACAACACACCACCAGGGGGUGUUGAGAGAGCCAGUCGCAAGCCUGCCAGCAAUAAGCACGUGGUCUUCUUGGAGCCCACCAAGGAGGCACAGAAUGGGCAAGACCGGACAUCCGUGGCACCUCAGUCUAACUCCAUUGCUUCUGUCUUCUCAAGCAGUGUGCCCACACCAUAGAACAGGACAUCCCCUAUUUGUGCAGAAAGCAGAAUCUACCCCAGGCAUGGCAGCGGGAAUUUGGACACUUCCAUUGGAGGAAAAUCAUCCAAUGUGCAUGGUGAUAGCUAAGAUGUUGGAACCCAAAUCAUAUGAUGUAAGCAGGACUGGCCCAAGGAAUAAGCAAACUGCUUAGGGCUGAAUGGCCACCAGCCCUCACCCCAUCUAAUUAGCUUGUCAGAAUUUGAAGGAAAAUCACAUUAAUGAAAUUUUGCUCAGGGCCCCCAAAAAUGUUGGCCCGAUCCUGGAUGUAAACAAACGUUUAUAAAUACAAACAAUUUGUGAAAAAAAGAUGAAAAGGAAACCACUAUAUAUUCGUUUGAGGUCUGGUACAUUAAUUACAGGAAUUAUUUUAAUACCAAUGAGCAUACAAAAGACAAACAACUGGAGCUGUCCAGCUGCGGAAAACUGAGAUUCAUCCUCUGCCAGGUCUGAUUGGAGGCGGGAAUUGUUCUGUAAUCAUCUAGUGUUCUCCCACAUAAGAGAAUGCAUUACUGUCUAGAAAGGCCCGUAAAUGUCAAGAAGCAAAAAAACCAUUGCUAGUGAGCAUGAAAAUCUGUGCCCUUUUGAAAAUCUAUCGUGAUGUCAUAAACCAGGAAACAGAGGAGGAGCCUGCAAGAGUUUGAUGUAGACGACGAUGUUUGACGCUGAGGUUCAGUUAUGUGUUUUCAGCCUCAUUAUGUUCCUAUGUAGGCUACAGACUCCCAUCACAAAAAAUGGAUUGGAUACAGAAAAGAUACCCAAUACAUGCACUAAAA